AUCUCUGACUGCUUAACGACCCAUCCUGUGGUUUUCAAAGACUGAAUAUAACAGCUAUGAAAGUGUGAGCAAUGACGAAACUGGAGAGAUGGGGUUUUAACAAGAUGCAAGAACAAUCUGAGGACUGAGAGCCAUUUCACCGUGAGCCCCCAGCCUGAGAGCAAGAAAGAAGAACUUCUGUCUUGAGGGUCUCACUGUCAACCAGGCCAGAGUGCAGUGAAGAUCAUACCUCACUGCAUCCGUGAACUCCUGGGCUCCUCCCACCUCAGCCUCUUGAGAAGCUGGGACUACAGGAGACUGAAGCCAAGGAUACCAGCAGAGCCAACAUUUGCUUCAAGUUCCUGGGCCUGCUGACAGCGUGCAGGAUGCUAAUGGAAACCAGCAGAGGCUGCUGUGCCCUGGCCAUCCUGCUGGCAAUUGUGGACAUCCAGUUUGGUGGAUGCAUUAACAUCACCAGCUCAGCUUCCCAGGAAGGAACACGACUAAACUUAAUCUGCACUGUGUGGCAUAAGAAAGAAGAGGCUGAGGAGUUGGUAGUGUUUUUGUGCAAGGACAAGUCUGGAGACUGUUUUCCUGGGACCAGUUUAAAACAGCUGAGACUUAAAAGGGAUCCUGGGAUAGAUGGUGUUGGUGAAAUAUCAUCUCAUUUAGUGUUCACCAUAAGCCAAGUCACACCGUCACACAGUGGGACCUACCAGUGUUGUGCCACAAACCAGAAGUCAGGCAUCCGCCUUCAGGGCCAUUUCGUCUCCCUUCUAGUCACAGAGACAGGGAACUACACAGUGACGGGACUGAAACAAAGACAACACCUUGAGUUCAGCCACAGUGAAGGCACUCUCAGUUCAGGCUUCCUACAAGAAAAGGUCUGGGUAAUGCUGGUCACCAGCCUCGUGGUCCUUCAAGCUUUGUAAGCCUUGUGCCAAAAGAAACUUUUUUAAAAAGCUACAGCAAGAUGAGUCUGACUCUAGCUUAGUAUGUUUCUCAUUACAACAGGCACAGAGAAGAAAGCAACGGGGCAUAGGGGAAGAGACGCUAAAUAUACCAAGAAUCUGUGGAAAUACAAGCUGGGGCAAAUCAGUGUGAUCCUUGACUUUACUGCUCACCAUCAGAGCAAACCCGCCUUCUUCCCUCCUAAGCUCCAGUAAAUAAACAGAACAGUUUUCACCAAAGUGGCUGGUAUAGUCCUCAAAUAUUGGAUAAAUAUGUGCGUUUUUGUACCCCAGAACAACUUUUCCUCCCUCCUCCUCAACAUAGUAAAAUAAGUCAAAACAAAAUGAGAACACCAAAUUUUGGGGGAAUAAUUUUUUAUUUAACACUGUAAAGGAAAGAGAGAGAAAACAAGCAAAGAUAGGUAGGACAGAAAGGAAAAAGCCAGACCCAGUGACUGACUUGGCAUGAAAAUGAGGAAAUGCAGACAGACCUCAACAUUCAACAACAUCCACACAGCACUGCUGGGGGAAGAGGAAGAUUUGUGCAGACCAGGAGCACCACAGACGACAACUGCCCAGCUUCAACUAAACACUUGUUAACCUCUUUGGUCAUUUCUCUUUUUAAAUAAAUGCCCAUAGCAGUA